AUGGUCGAGGCUGUUAAUCCGAGCUUUAUUGAUGCACCCUAUGGAGUAUCAGAAUGGGAGAUCUCAGGUCUUCACGAAGCACCUUCCACUACAGUGAGACUAUCUCGCAUUGCGGAAUCUGUCUUUAAUAUCGAAGGAAAAGUGAUCGAUAUUAAAGAACUCACCGAUCAUCAACGACAACGCCCUGGAAUGAGUAUUGCGGCGAACGUUUUGGUCAGAGCGACUCGGUUCUGGGUGAAAUAA